UCUCAUUGUUAUUAUUAUUACAGUGGGUUUUGUAGCAUGGCGCUAUUUGUUACCAUCCACGCCACAGGGUCUGCACGGCACUUGGAAAGGUGAUCGAGCGAUACUCACUUGGCAAACUGUCGAUGCCGUUGAUGAAUAUGAAGUUUUUUAUCGACGGUCAGGAUCACAUGACACUGCACCGUGGUGUUCAAAAUCGAGUGGAAAAUCAGUCAUGGCAGAAUUCGAUGUACAUACUGGGCUGCCCUAUGAAGCAUAUGUGGUAGCCAAGAAUUGGUUCGGUUCUAGUGAUCGCUCAUCGAAAAUAAAUGGUUGUGCACGUGCUCCUGCCCCAACUCAGUUUACAGUUGUAUGUGAUCCAACUAAGCCUUUACUCUCUCUCAAAUGGAACCAAGUGUCCUGUAGUGUGGGCUAUGUUAUCAAGCGAAAGAGCGCGAUGGAAAGUGAUUUUCACAUCAUUACAACUAUCGAUAGUUCAUAUAUAACACAAUCACAAGACACAAAUAUUAUAUAUGGGAUGAGUUAUAACUAUAUGGCUAUUUCUCUUGAUCGCAGUGGAGAGAGUGAUUCGUCGUUAUCAGUUGUAGUUUGUCCCCGAGUGCCGGUGCCGAAUCAUUUUGCAGCGUCUACUCCAAAAGGUCUAAGCGCUACAGUUCUACUUAAUUGGCAAGCUGUACCAAAUAGUAUUGCAUAUCACAUAUAUCGACGCCGAGCUGAGGAUCCUAUAUAUCAGAAUCCGAUUCUCUUGACGACAUUGCGCAACCCUAAUGCAAAUUCAUAUUUGGAUCAAACGGUGAUUAACAAUGUGAAAUACAUCUAUACCAUUGCUUCCGAAGAUUCAGCUGGAGUGAGUUUACAAUCGACAGCAGUAGUCGGCAUGGGGGCCCUUAUUGCUCCAAAUAAUUUGUCUGCUAAACCAGUUCACGGCAAUAAUUGUAUUAUCUUAUCAUGGACAGAAGUGGCAGGCGCAUUGGGUUAUCGAAUUUGGCGAUCUGGAGGACAGCCUUCAACUGAAAAGGAAAUUGGUCUAUUGUCACACGAAUAUAAUACCAAGUAUGUGGACAGAGAAGCUAAACACGAGACUGCCUAUAUUUAUACAGUACAAGCAUUUGAUAAAAAUACUAAAUAUGGUCCUAAAUCCAAUUGUGUUAAAGCAAUUGUUUCUAAGAUUAUGCCACCAUCCGAAAGACAAAAGACUGGACAAAAAGCAACCGUACCAGUAAUGAUGGACGUUCGCUUUGGUGAUUUGAUUACUGAAAAUGUUGAUGCAAUUGUUGUUUGUUUAUUGUCAGAUGAGCUCAAAAACAAAAUACUCAACGCUGCUGGUCAUAGUUUUUCUUUAACUUUUGUUGAUGCUCCUCGAUGUGAUACAAAUGGCUGUUUUAAAGUGUCCGGUGGUCUGUUGCCUUGCAAAAACAUUAUUUUUGUUCCAUGGAAAACACCUGCAGAAUCUCUUGAUAUAUCUGAACAGUCCAUACGAACUUUUAUAACUAUUGCUCUUCAAUGUGCUCAGCAACAUAAAUGCCAAACAGUGGCAUUUCCUGCCGUUGGCUGUGGUGGACUUGGUUAUGAUGUUCAUACAGUAGCGAAGGCAAUGGUAUCAGAAGCAUACAAGCAAAAAAAAUCAAAUAGUCAAACAUCGAUAGAAGAUUCAACAAUACCAUUAACGUGGGAAAAGACGAGUGAUACAUACAAUCUACGGGUAAAUGUGCCAAUCAAUUCCAAUGAGGGGCAAGCAGUCUUAUUAGAUUUUCAUCGAACAAUGACUAAUUAUGAUUCGUACUCACGUAUCAUUCGUAUUGAACGAGUACAGAACGAGCGUUGGUUUCGUCAAUAUCAAAUUCACAAAAGUGAAUUUCUUCGCCGUUUACAACAAGAUACGGAGCAACGGCUUUUUCAUGGAUGUGCUGGCGGCGAGUCAGCUGUUAAAUCAAUCGUCGAGUAUGGCUUUAAUCGCAGUCUAGCUGGCACUAAACAUGGUAAAGAUGCAUUAUUAUUUAUAGAAUUCAUAUCCAUUCCAAUUUUUCCCUAUUUACUCGAAUGUUUUUUUCAAAUAGGUACAGCAUAUGGAUUGGGUGUGUACUUCUCAUCGAAAGCAAGUGAAAGUCAUAAUUAUACAAAACUAUCAAAUAUUAUAUCAACGGGAGAACGUUAUAUGUUUGUCUGCAAAGUUCUAGUUGGUAAAACCACCCAAGGUAAUGCGAGCAUGUCUACUUGUCCUGCUGGAUACGACUCAACAGGCAACGGGUCCACAAUUUAUGUCAUAUAUCAUGAUGUACAAGUAUAUGCUGAAUAUCUCAUCAUUUAUCAAUAACUUCGGCUAUGUGAUGUCGAGUCGGUGUAUGUGUAUUUUACUAAUAUCUCAGAGACUAUGUUCAUUUCUCUAAUAAAUCUGAAAGAAGAAUAAGAUUUUAUCCAUUAAAUACUAAUAAACCAGGGUAUGGGUGUGAGUGUUUCUUUAUUCUCGUACAUUCACACCCACAUCCUCAUAUUAUAUAAUUGAUUGUUAACCUCAUGAAUACCGCUGUCUUCAGACUGACGACAAGCAGAACGAAUUAAUAGAGGCUGGUUCAUAUAUUUCAUGACGAACUACAGAAAACGAAUAUCAAUAGUUCUAUACAUCAUAUAUAAUAAAAUAUGGCACAUGUAUACAGCUGAUUCAGAGUGACAGAAUGCGAGAGAGAGUGAUUUUUUAUUUUUAUUUUGCAUAUGAACAGAACGCAAAAAUCAUCGGCUUACAGAAGGUUAAUGGACAAAUAAAGCCAGUACAUUCAUUACUCAUCAGUUUCGUUACUCAUCAUUCAAUCGACAAAAAGCUGGGAAUUUCGUAAUAACAAUGAUAUUUGUUCUCUUUCACCAUGACACAUCAUGUUGGUAAAAGCCAAUUCGUGACAAAAGUAAAAGAUAAAAUACUUACUUACUUUACUUUUGUAUGCAAUUACUUUCAGGUAAGUCGUUGUACAUAUAUUACAUUUUUUUAUUCAUCAGAAACAACAGUAUCACUUUUUGAGAGUGGUAAUAUGCAUGAGAAUAAGACUGUUUGUUUUUACUAACACAUAGUUUUUCCUUUAAAUCUGCCGAAUUAUUAAGAUUCAAUGCUAUGUUUGGAGGAUCGUUGAUAUCUUUGCUGAUCAGACUAACGAGGGAAGGUCCCCAAGUGUGAAUCUCAGUUUUUAACGGGAU